AUGUUGAGCCCCUAUUCCAACAUGCGACACGUGUCCGCAUUAAUCAUCCACUCUUUCAUUCUUCCUCUAUCCGUCCCUGGUUCCCUCCCGGUGCCCAAUUUAAAGUUGUCUCAACUUUUGUUUUCAUUUUCUCCACCCGCACUCCUCACCUCAUCCCAAUCAGAUACAGCAGCGGUGGGGAGAAAGGAAGAGAUAAUACUGCAGACUGACGAGGAAGAGAUAGUGAGAGCGCCGUCUCUGGCGGAGGAGUUCAAGAGACUGGAGGGUGAAAAGGCCAAGGAAGAGAGGCAUAUCGAGGUGGCGGAGCAGCAAGGGCUGGCGAGCCAGACUGCGGAUAAGACGUUGGACGCCAUAGAUGAGUCGGUGGGUGGUGCCGACGAUCCAGACCGCCUGAAGGAAGCGGUGAAGAAUCGGUACAAGGAGCACGAACCCCAUGCUGAUUAUCGCCGGAGGGGCGACAAUACUACUAGAUUCUGAUCAUCAUAAAUAAAAAUAAACAUCCCGAUGAUCUCCUUAUGUAGCUGCUAAGCUGCGCCAUAUACAUACAUGUGUUAAUUUGUGGGUUUUCCUUUUUUGGCUUCAGCUUUUGUUUUGUGAUGCGAGGUUGAGGCUUUUGGAUGAAUCGUUUUUAUUUAUUUAUGUAUAUAUAUAAAAAACAAUAAUUUUCUACUUGGAU